AGGUUGGGUUAGUUUAUUUUAAUAGUUACCCUCCUGUGUUUGAUCAUUAACUUUCUCGGAAUAAAAAUGAGCCAAACACAAAUAUAAUUCCACAUUGCUCUACUCUACGGACUGUUGCUGCUGCUCAGCAGUAGUUGGCUGCUUUAUUUGACUUAGUUUUUCAACGUUUAUCCGAGGGUGGAGUCAGGAGCAGCCCGAGGAACACACACACACCUAGAAGACAAACAGAAGUUGGCUUCGGUUUGAAUGAUUAUGGUCAUUGAGAACAGCUGAUCAUCUCAGCUCCUGCUGCCGGACCAUGGACCUGAAGACCCUCCUCCACCAGGACCUGGGCCAAUCGGAGACUCCCGAUUAACGACCCAGACCAAACACUCAUCGUCAUCGUGGGCCAGUUUAGGUGGAAACAACUUUUAACUUUUAUUGUACUUGUAUAUGUUUCUUCCUAAACCGCCGUCGACCAUGGACCGACCGAGUCUCAUGCGACUCUUCUCCGCCUGCGACGUGAACAAAUCCGGGAGGAUCGAGUUCGGGGAUUUCACCGCGGUUUGUCGAGAACUCAACGUCCCGGAAUCCGAGAUCAGGACACUGUUCGACCGGUUCGACGCGGACGAGGACGGAUUCAUCGACUACAACGAGUUUUCCUCCAGGUUCCAGGAGGUUUCGCAGACUCUGGAUGUGUCGACCUUCGCAGCGCUGACAUGUUCGAGUCCCAGCAGAGCAGGUGCAGGACCGUGGGAAGAUUUUGUGGGAAGAAUCGAUGUGGAGUUUCAGCUGUCCGAAAGGUAACUAUCACAUCCGGCUGUUGUUGACAGAAGUGUCCGCCAUCGUAAUCCGUCAGGGACGGAGAAAAGUUUUCUGAGGCCCCCAGCAAAGUACAGUUAGAAGGACCCUCAGAGUAUCUGAUCGGAGUACAGAGUACAGGUGUUUAAAGACUGUACCAGGAUCACUGAGUCGACAGGACAAGUUAGGU